CAUAUAAGUGAUAGGAGGAAAGUGAUAACUUAGUAGGACUGUCAUUUGCUGCGUGGAAACAGCAAAUUAAAAAAAAUCAUUUUAAUUAUUAAAUUAGUCUAAUUCAUGGUGUUCAUGAAUUAGAAAAAUCUAGCUCAUGAACUAGGAAUCAUAAAAGUAUGGGAGAAAUUUUAUUUGAUGAUCAUGAGAUUUUAGCUGGAGACAGAAGGGUCAAUAUCACAAACUAGUAUUUGGUGUAACUUUAAGGGUUUAGUUAAAGAAAAGAAAAAUGGACUAAAAGACAGGAGGAAAUUUGAGAAAGCUAAUGCAUAAUUUAAUAAUUCCUUCAACGCAAAGGAUUGAUUUGAAAAGAGGCCAAUUUCUCUGCUUCUUCAGAAAGCAGAACUGCAGGAAACUGGUUUUUGAGUUACUAAGUUAGUCAAAGAAAGACUGCUGAUUCCUCAAGAGUUGGCAGACCCUGGAAUGACAUCUUGACCAGCUGGGGGUGGGAGUACUAAUGGGAAAGAACAGAGGACAGAUUUUCCUGGAAGUUUCUAAACCAGAGAGCAUGGCUUUGGAUCAAAUGUAUCCCAAAGUGGCCUCUGUUCCAUCUACAGCCUAGCUCUGCCCCCUGCUGUUGGCUGCAUUGCUGACUGCAUUUCUUAUGUAUUCAAAUUUACUUUGAGCGCUAGGAAGAGCAAUAGCUGGAAGGGGGAUUUCAGGAUUUCUGGGGAAUUUUAUCUUCAAACUACUACCUCCGUGGAAAAACAACCCGUUCUAAUAAACCUCGGGACGUCGUCCCCCAAAGAACAGGUGUCACUCAUAUUCUGGGUUGAAGGCUUCCCCAGUCUUGGCGUUGGGCGGCAGAUCAGAACGUCAGACGAGAGGUGUGGAAGUUAUUCGUGACUUGGGUGGCAGGAGCCGGAGGGGUUCUAUCUGUAAUGCUGACCACACUGUGGUUGCCCAGCGACUGCAGGGUGCUCAGAACCUCCCAGGGUUCUCCCCCAGGGAGCAGGAUGGACCGGCCAGUUCCCCGGGAGGAGGCUGCCGGUCGCAUUUCUGGGACACGGCCCAUGCCGCUCCAGAGAGCAAAGACCGCAAUUGAAAAAUGGGCAAAAACUUGCACAACAAUCUUACAGACUAACCGAUGUUAAUGGCCAAUCAGAAUAUGAAGAUGCUUGUUCUCAUUAGUAAACCAAAGAAAUGCAAGUUCAAUUCAAAAUGAGAUAGCGAAAUACCCUUGCUAUAUUCCUAUUGUGAGGAGCGCAACCCUCUGGGAGAGAAGCAUAUCUCGUGCAAAUCCCAGCCCUCAUCAUGAAAGAACUGUCUUGCCCUGCUCCAGGUUCACUGCUCACAUGAAGAACUUCUCUGAAUCUCUUAAACUUAGCCAACUACGUUUUUUGCAUUUUCCAGUAUUUCAGACUCCAAUGGCAUGUAAAAGACCGCUUUGUACUCGUCAGUGCCUUAUCCCCAGAUCUCCUGCUGUAAGUAUAGCUUCUUUCGAAGAAGAUAGCUACGGAGAAGCUGGUCCCUUCCCAACACCAUCCAGUGAAUGGGACGAGACCCCAUUGAUCUUCACUGUCAGACAAGAAAUUAAUAAGAGAGCUAGAGAAGCACCCAAGCAAGCCUGGAGCAGUCUAGUUUUGGAACAGCAAAUGGCAGGAAGGCCUAGCCCAUUCUGUUCAGUAAAUCCUCUGCACCUGGAGGCUGCAGGCACACACAUCAAAAGACACGCGAGGCCUCAGAACCAGCCCUCUCACAAUUCCAAGGCAGAUUCUGUCUCGCCUGGUCCCGCUCCGAGGCCUUACACUGCCAUCGGCCUCAGCAGAAGAAGCCAGACCCCACUGGCUCCGUGGAGGGUCUCCUGGAGUUCCUCAGAGCCCGAGCUGGAGGAAAAGAGGACAGCCACAGUUGGCGCUCUGGCAAACCCAGAUGUCCAAAGUCGGCCCCAAGGCGCGACCGGAAGUCUAGUUGUAAGAGGAGCAGUUGCCAUGGCAUCAGAGAUGCUCCCCAAGCAUCCUCAUCCCCCGGGGAAAAGGGAGCCCAGGGCAGACGCCUCCCUCCACGGCAAUCUGGCAGGAGCGCCCCUUCCUCGGUUUGCCGGUGCUCCCACCCAUCUCCCCUCAAAGAGGUUAAUCAAGGUUUGCUCUGCUCCCCCCUCCCGCCCACCCCGGGGCUUCCAUACGGUUUGUUCACAGGCCCCUCCUAGGCCGAGGGUGAAUGCUCACUUACAUUGACCGCUGCGAGGGAAUUGUUCCGCGAGCGCUGCCCAUCUUCAAAUCAAUGCCUGCCCAGAACAACAGAAAGGGCCUCAGAUGUACUGGUUUCCACAGAACUAUUGUUAGGCUUUUGUGAAGCAGUUUUGAACCUAAUAAAUAAUGUCAAAAGUCUCUAUCGCAGCCAAAAAUGUUCCUUUUGAAGCA